AUGGCACGUAUGCGUCAAGAGCGCAUCGAAGAGGAAGAGCGACUCGAAGAGCAGCGAAAGCGUAAGCAGGCUGAAGAAGAAGCAAGGCUACAAGGGGAGCUAGAUCGACAGCGUGCAGCGGUUCAAGAAGCAGCAGACCUACAACAGAAGUUGGAGGAGCAGCAUUUAGCCGAUGAGAAGAAACGAGUUGAAGACGAGCAAGCUUAUCAGGAGAGAAGGCUAGCCGAAGAGCGCAAAUUCAACGAGGAAAUCGAGGCGAAGCGCCAGCAACAGCAACUUGAAGAUAAAGCGGCAGCGAAACAACGACAGGAGAGAGAACAGGAGGAAGAGCGACUAAGGCAAGAGCGCAUAGCGAAUGAGGAGCAAGAACGUAUCCGGUUGGAGAAGGAACGAGAAGCUGCUAGGCUGAAGCAAGAAGAGGAAGAUCGCCAGCGCGAAGUUGAACUAAAGCUAGCAGAAGAAGAGAGAAAUCGGACGGAGUCGGAGAAUGCAGUACACGUGGAUAACGAUGCCUCGCUGGAGGAUGCUUCUUGGCAAAAGUCGAGUGCUGAAGAUGGCUCUGAUCACAACGGCAGUGAAGACGCGAGCGCUGAUACCGCUCUUGAAGAGACUGAUGCUAUUGUACAAGAAGCCCCAUUGGCAAUUGACAACACUCAAGCCCUUCCGCUAGAAGAUGCAACGCCCUCUGAUGAAGGCCACGUACAGGAAGAGCCGUUGGUAGCAAAUGCUGACGACAGUGAGAAGGAGGAGGACAGUAUUCCCGUCACCGUGUCAGAGCCACCACCGAAAACCCUUGAGGAAGAAGAGCAGGAAAGACAACAAGCUGCGGAGGAGGCGAAAAAGAAGGAAGAUGAAAACGUCAUCGACGUGUAUCGCCAGCGCGUACUUGCCAGGAAAGCAGCCGAGAAACAGCGCCAAAUGGAGCAAGAAGCGGAAAACGAUCGAAAGGCGAAAGAGGAGGAGGAACGACAGAGACUCCAGCUCUUGGAUGAUGGAAGCGAGUCUGACCAUGAGCUGGAGCUAUCGGGGGGAUCAUUUGCCGAGUCGAGUGCUGCAAGCAACAGUGAUUCGUUUUAA